CAAUAAACAAAACCCUAAAAACCCUAAACCCUUGUCUCGUUCUUCCCCUCCCCCCUAGCCGCGCGUCUCUUUCGGAGGUGUAGCGUAUCUGCUUGUGGUGUUCUUCCGCCGAACCACAAGGAGUCUGGGAACACUCGGAGUUUCCCUCUGUGAACAACCUUAUCACUGGUGCUCUCAUUGCUUCGAUCUCAUGGCCGCAGAUUCGUCAACACCAAUCACUGCCGCUUGCCUUCGGGAGUUUCAGGAGCAAAUUGAUGAUCAACUCAGUAGGGCACUCCAGCAACUGCACCACACCGUCCAACAGGUGCAGCUUGAUUUGGGAAGCUUACGUGCAGAAACCCUGACCGACAAGCCCAUGCGCGAUGCUCGGCAGCCUCAUGAUCAUGGUCAGGUGAAUCCGAUGACGAAACUCAAACUCGAUAUGCCAAAGUGUGAUGGUACCGAUCCUUUGGGUUGGUUAUUUAAGGCGCACGAGUACUUUGUUUUCUACGCGGUACCAGAGGAGAACCGUUUAUCGGCCGUAUGUUUGAUGUUAGAAGGGCCGGCUUUGGACUGGUUUCGUUGGCGCCAACGCAAUCACCUGUUGGAUUCUUGGGCGGAUUUUGUUACCAAAUUUAAACUCCGCUUCGACCCUUUAAAUUAUGUCGACUAUCUCGGCCUCUUGUCCAAAGUGCAGCAGUCCGGUACGGUCCUCGACUACCAGCAGGCCUUUGAAAAAUUUUUGGUGCAUGUCACUGGUGUGGAUGAAUCUAAUCUACAGUCCCUCUUCCAUGCGGGGUUGAAGCCGCACCUACAACACGAGAUUCUAUUGCAGAGGCCCGCCUCUCUUUCGAUGUUCUUUGCACUGACGCGAGAGUUGGAGGCGAAGCAUGCAGCUUGGGCUACCUCGUUGCAGUCACGGGUUCCACACCCCGGCAUCAUCGACAACAAACCCCACUCAACCCACCCUAUCCGCCGGCUCACUUAUGCUGAAAAAAAGGAACGUGAUGCCAAGGGCUUGUGCUAUAAUUGUGACGAGAAGUGGGUUAAGGGGCAUCGCUGCGGCCGCUUCCUUUUACUAUUGGAGGAUGAUGUGGGGGACGAGACUUCCCCACCCGAGGAUCUAGAUUCCAACGUCGUUACAGCUGACAUCUCGAGUCUACACAGUCUGGCAGGACCACUCACCCCACGCUCCCUACGCCUAUCCGGAGUGCUUUCCGAAGGGGUUAUGGACGUUCUUAUUGACGGAGGCAGCACCCACAAUUUCGUCCAGCCCACUGUGGGCACAACCUUUACGGUCGACCUUUAUGUGCUUCCGAUUCAUGGGCCCGAUGUUGUGCUCGGGGUACAAUGGCUUCAAUUAUUGGGUAAAGUCACCCUCGACUAUGCCCACCUUACGAUGGAGUUUUUAUGGAAGGGAUCCCGGUAUCUUCUUGGGAGGGAAUUUCUUAUUUGCACGGAUCAACGUAGCUUGAAGGAACUCUUGCAGCAGGUCAUCCAGACACCGGAUCAGCAAUUCUAUGUCCGCAAACUUUUGGGGUACCGAUUCCGGAUCGUUUAUAAACCAGGGAGUUCCAAUACCGUAGCUGAUGCCUUAUCCCGACGGGACCAGGACGACAUCCCUGCCACUGCCACGACCGAUUUCAUGGCCCUUUCCCAGCCGUUAACAUCUAUCAUGGAGCGCAUACGUGCCGAAAACGGAAGCCAACCAGAUCUACGCGCGCUUCACGAUCAGUACCGCCGCGGGGCGCUGCCGGCUCCCUACGUCGUGGCCGACGGCCUCGUCUCUUAUAAUACCCGUUUGUGUAUUGGGGCAGACUCCGAGCUUCGUGAGGAAUUGCUACGCGAGUACCACGACUCGCCGAUUGCCAGGCACGCAGGAGUUCAUCGAACUUUCUACCGACUGGCGACAUCUUUUUAUUGGCCUCGGAUGCGGGCGGAUGUUCGCGCUUAUAUUGCCAAAUGCAAGCCCUUACCCUUGCCGGACGAUUUGGUUGACGGGAGGAUGCCUUCUCAGCUGGUCAGAUUGCAUGCAGUACGGUGAGUUUUACAGCAUGGUGUGCCCGUUGAACAAGGGUAGAAAACAUAGAUAAUUAGGAUUAGGGUUUCCUCAUAUAAAGAGAUGUAUACAUC